AUGCCUAACACAAUGGCUCUCACGCCUUACGGCUCACAUGGAAGUACAGACCUCACCAUGGCUGUUCUUGGCUGUGGAACUAUGGGAGUUGCAAUCCUCAGUGGUAUCCUAAACUCGCUCGCCGAGAUGCAAGGACCCAAGCCCUUACAAUCCCUUCCUACUAGAUCAGGAACUUCAACACCUGGUGAUGAGGUGCCCUCGCGUCUCCCUUCACGCUUCGUUGCCAGCGUAGCUACUGCGGUUGGUGCCAAGCGCGUCAAGAGCGCGCUCUGGGAGCACUCUUCCAUUCUCAAGGUUGUCCACAACGACAACAUCGGUGCCGUUCAGCAGGCUGAGGUUGUUCUUCUGACUUGCAAGCCCUGGAUGGUCAAGGAGAUCCUCACUGAGCCUGGUAUUUCAAAGGCUCUCCACGGAAAGCUUCUCAUCAGCGUCUGCGCUGGUAUCACUGUUGAGGACAUCGAGAUCGCCCUGCACGGCUCCGUGCCCUGCAAGGACCCCGAGGAGGAUGGCCGAUGCCGCAUUGUCCGUGCCAUGUGCAACACAGCUGCUGUUAUCCGCGAAUCCAUGACCGUCAUUGCUUCUCCCAGCUCUCCUCUCGAUCACGCCACCGAGAGUCUUGUCACCUGGAUCUUCAAGCGUAUUGGCGACGUCGUGUACCUGCCAACUCGACACAUGGAUGCCUCAACAGCUCUGUGUGCUUCAGGUCCGGCCUUCUUCGCCCUUGUGCUAGAAGCUGCCAUCGACGGUGCCGUCGCAAUGGGCAUUCCCCGCCCCGAUGCCCAGCGUAUGGCCACGCAGUCCAUGAGGGGUACCGCCGGGCUUGUCCAGAGCGGUGAGCACCCUGCCCUUCUCCGUGAGAAGGUCUGCACGUCUGGAGGCUGUACCAUUGGCGGUAUUCUGGUCCUUGAAGAGAAUGGGGUCCGCGGUUCUGUCUCAAGAGCUGUGCGUGAGGCCGCCGUCGUCGCUGGUGAGAUUGGAAAGGGAACCAAGGGAGUGAAUGGAACGAGGUUUCCUGCAGCACCUUAUGAGUAA